AUGGUGAGUACUGUCUCUGGAGGAUGUAGUGGAAUGCGAGAGAAAGAAUGGAGAGUCUCGCGCCGGUGGUGGGCGAGAUGGCCCUCUUAUCUCACCCACGUUCUCGUGCUGACCGCCCUUCAGUCUUUGUACAAGGUCGCCGACAUCUCCCUCGCCGCUUUCGGUCGAAAGGAGAUUGAGCUCGCUGAGCGUGAGAUGCCCGGACUCAUGUACAUCCGUGAGAAGUACGGUCCUUCCCAGCCUUUGAAGGGCGCUAGGAUCGCUGGUUGUCUCCACAUGACCAUUCAGACCGCUGUCCUCAUCGAGACCCUUACCGCUCUCGGUGCCCAGGUCACCUGGUCUUCUUGCAACAUUUUCUCCACCCAGGACCACGCCGCUGCCGCUAUCGCUGCCACCGGUGUCCCCGUCUACGCCUGGAAGGGUGAGACCGAGGAGGAGUACCUUUGGUGUAUCGAGCAGUCCCUCAAGUCCUUCCCCGAGGGUGCCGCUUUGAACUUGAUCCUCGACGACGGAGGUGACCUCACCACCCUCGUCCACGAGAAGCAUCCCGAGCUCCUCGCCAACAUCAAGGGUGUCUCUGAGGAGACCACCACCGGCGUGCACCACCUCUACAAGGCCUUCAAGGACGGCAAGCUCAAGAUCCCCGCCAUCAACGUCAACGACUCUGUCACCAAGUCCAAGUUCGACAACUACUACGGUUGCCGAGAGUCCCUCGUCGACGGUAUCAAGCGUGCCACCGACGUUAUGCUUGCCGGUAAGGUCGCCGUCGUCGCCGGUUUCGGUGAUGUCGGUAAGGGUUGUGCCGAGUCUCUCCGAUCUUACGGUGCCCGAGUCAUCGUCACCGAGAUUGACCCCAUCAACGCCCUCCAGGCCGCCAUGGCCGGUUACGAGGUCACCACCAUGGAGGAGGCUGCUCCCCGUGGUAACGUCUUUGUCACCACCACUGGUUGCCGAGACAUCAUCACUGGUGCCCACUUCGAGGUCAUGCCCGAGGACGCCAUUGUUUCCAACAUUGGUCACUUCGAUGUUGAGAUCGACGUUGCUUGGAUCAAGGCCAACGCCGCCGAGUGUGUCAACAUCAAGCCCCAGGUUGACCGAUUCACCAUGAAGAACGGCCGACACAUCCUCCUCCUCGCUGAGGGUCGUCUCGUCAACCUUGGUUGCGCCACCGGUCACCCCUCUUUCGUCAUGUCCUGCUCUUUCGCCAACCAGGUCUUGGCUCAGAUCGCUCUCUGGACCAACACUGAGGCCUACCCCCUCGGUGUCCACAUGCUCCCCAAGUCUCUCGACGAGGAGGUCGCCAAGGCCCACCUUGCCCAGCUCGGUGUCAAGCUUACCACCAUGACCAAGGUCCAGGCCGACUACCUCGGUUUGCCCGCCGAAGGUCCCUACAAGCCCGACCACUACAGGUACUAA